UGCGUCUCUGGGCAUUAGCGUGACGUGUUGCGUGAGGUAGGAUACAGAGGUGUGGCCACCAAGUAAAGUCAGUACCUGGUUAACCUCAGGUGAGACAGAAAGCUGACGUUCCUUUUCAGUUCAUCUUCAGAACCUACACAAACUCUUUACAUUAAACGCCUCGUUUUUACUAACUAACAAAUGCAGGGAAAGCAUGCAACGAAGAUGCCUUUAGGCAUUGCCUUUGCUGUACUGCUGACACUCCAGCUGGUGUCCACUCAAACAUCUUAUCCGAACAAUGAAGAACCAACUCCUAUACCAGUCAAUGGGAUACCUGAUGAAUGGAACAGACAAAAUGGUAUCUUACCUGUAGAGGAUCCUGGUACUUCUUCAGGCUCCAUGACAUAUAGUGGGGAUGGGGAAGUUCAGGCUGGCAACCAGACUGUCAGAACAGUAACAGAACAACAUGACGAAAACAUGAAAACAACCCCAUUACCUCAGACUACUCUUAACGCCAUCAGUAACCACUCGAGCCAGGAAAAUGAUAUGAGCAAGCCAGUCACGCCGAACCCAUCCCUGGAACCUGCAACCACCAGCGACAGCCGAGAAAACCUCACAGGAACCACCACCACAAGCACAAGUCCUGGGAAUUCCACCACUGCUUCUACAACAACAACAGUUACAAAAACUAAUGUUACUUCUACUGCUGCUUCUAACAACUCAUCUUCAUCAGCCAGUGGGAACUUUACAACUACCACCACAAGUCCACCACAAGUUACAGAUUUCACUUCUAGUGAAAAUUCAACAAAUACGACUGUCUCUACAACAACUACCGUGGAGACCAGCGCAUCCACCACUGAAAUUAACAAAACUGGAGGAUUGUUUGAUUUUAGAGAAAAUAUGAACAAAGGUCUUUCAGAUAUUCAACAACAAAGCAAAAAUCAGGCAUGGGGAGCCAUUCUGGGUAUUGGUGUUGGAGUGGCAAUUGUUGCCCUGGUGGUCUAUAUCAUUGUGAAACGAAGGAACUACAGAGAUUUCUCCCACAGGAAACUGGUGGAGGACAUGCCACCUGAACCAGUUCUCCGGCUAGAGAACAGUGAGCCUCUGGAUUUGAAAUUUGAUGGAUUUGCCUACUACAAUCCUGGACUGCAAGGAGACAACAUCCAAAUGACUAACUUUCCACAAGGACGCACUAACUAAAGAAAAUGUUUCAUGCCAAACAGA